AUGAGCAAGAUUGCCGUUAUUGGGUUAGGUUAUGUUGGUUUACCUUUAGCCGUUGAAUUUGGCAUAGACAGAACUUUUGAAGUAAAUAAUGAUUAUUUAAAAAGUGUUUUAACAACCAAAACCGAAUUUGCUAGUUUUACAUGCAGCAGUAACUUAGAAGAUAUAAAAGAUUGCAACUUCUAUAUUGUAGCAGUUCCAACCCCCACUGAUAAAAAUAACAGGCCAGAUUUAACAGCUUUAUACAAAGCUAGUGAAGAUGUUGGCAAAGUUUUAAAAAAAGAUGAUAUUGUUAUUUACGAAUCAACAGUAUAUCCAGGUGUUACAGAAGACAAAUGCAUUCCGAUUCUAGAAAAAAUUUCUGGAUUAAAAUUUAAUGUCGAUUUUUUUGCAGGAUAUUCGCCUGAAAGAAUUAAUCCUGGCGAUAAAGAACACACAGUUUCCAAAAUAAUAAAAGUAACAUCAGGUUCAAAUGAAGAAGUGGCUGAAAAAGUUGACCAACUUUACAAAACUAUAAUUGUUGCUGGAACAUUUAAAGCAACAAGCAUAAAAGUAGCAGAAGCUGCAAAAGUAAUUGAAAACUCUCAACGUGAUAUUAACAUUGCUUUUGUAAAUGAGUUGGCGAAAAUUUGUAACUUAAUAGGAAUUGACACAAAUGACGUGCUUGAAGCUGCUAGUACAAAAUGGAACUUCCUUAAAUUUAAACCAGGUUUAGUUGGUGGACAUUGUAUUGGCGUUGAUCCAUACUAUUUAGCACAAAAGGCUCAAGAAUUAGGUUAUCAUCCAGAAAUUAUUUUAGCUGGAAGACGUUUAAACGAUGAAAUGGGUAAAUAUAUUGUCACAGAAACCAUCAAACUGAUGAUAAAAAAGGACGUCAAAGUGAAAGGUGCCGAUAUUUUGGUUUUAGGCUUUACGUUUAAAGAAGAUUGCCCUGAUGUAAGAAACACUAAAGUAAUAAACAUAGUCUCUGAAUUAAAUACCUAUGGAACAAACAUUUUAGUUGUUGAUCCUUGGGCCAGUCUAGAGCAAGUGAGACAAGUGUACAGUAUUGAAGCUUUAAACGAAAUUCCUGCAAAUAAAAAAUUUGAUGCAAUUAUAUUAGCUGUAGGACAUACAAAGUUUUCAAAACUAAACAUUCGAGAUUACUUAAAUGUCAAUAAUGUGGUUUAUGACGUUAAAGGAUUCCUUGAUAAAAAGUUAGUUGAUGCAAGAUUAUAUUGUGCUUAUCGAUAUACGAUUAAUCGAUAUACGAUUAAUCGAUAUACGAUUAAUCGAUAUACGAUUAAUCGAUAUACGAUUAAUCGAUAUACGAUUAAUCGAUAUACGAUUAAUCGAUAUACGAUUAAUCGAUAUACGAUUAAUCAAUAUACGAUUAAUCGAUAUACGAUUAAUCGAUAUACGAUUAAUCGAUAUACGAUUAAUCGAUAUACGAUUAAUCGAUGUACGAUUACUACGAUAUACGACGGAACAAAGUGCAAUACCGCAAAAGCAACAAUGGAUAUUCACAAUAGGAGUUGUCAACAAUGUCUGGACUAA